GGAACAUAUAAUUGAACUCAUACGCAUCAUAAUGCCUAUGACGAUUAUUACAUCAUAAAGUGAUCAUACUCUGCAGUAUAUAAACGGGAGCAGAUGUUCACAGUGUUGCCAACUUAGAGACUUUUCAGACUCCUCUAGCAACUCUUUCUCAAAAAAGCCACUUGCGACAAAUCUAUCAACUUUUUCUGCUGUCAAUUGAGAAUUUUGGAGACUGACUUUUACAAGCAUGUCUCAUUUUAACGACUACGAUCUAACCUCUGAACAGCAGGUUGAUAGCAAUAACAUGCAUAUGGGAGAAAUGGAUUCACUCCGUCGAGAGAAUCGGAGGCUGGAGCGCAGCAAUGAGGAGUUAGAGAAGAAGCUGCUGAAGACAAAGAAGCUGAAAGAUGUUUACAUCGAGAGGAGCAAAGUGCAGAGGAGAGAGCUGGAUAAACUCAAUUUCUACGAUGGAGCAGGAAACCUCAACAAAGAAGAGAUGUCCACCCUGAUAAACAGCAAAUUCAAACAUUCACACUUUAGAAAUCUUGAAGAAGACUAUGAGGAGCUGCAGGUGGGUCACAUGCUCAGCCAGCAGGCCUUAAAGGAAGAGCUGCAGCUGGAAAAGGACAAAUGCAGAAUUCUCCAAGAGGAGCUGAAUGAGACCAAACUAUCAUACCUAAACAUCAGCUCAAGGUAUGAUACUGAGGUCCCUGCCCUCAGACAGCAAGCUGGUUUCUUUCUCCAUGAGCUAGAGAAUGAGAAACAGUCUCAUGCAGACAGGGUGCUGGAGGACCAGAGGCACAUGGAUGACAUGAGGGCUGAAAAUGACGCUCUCCAUCAGAAGAUGGCGCAGGAUUUUAACGACCUCCAGCAAAGUGCCUUUGAAAGGGAGAGGGAUCUGUUGAAUGAGCUGGAGGAGCUGAAAAUUCAACUUAGCCUCCAGAAACUAUGUCAACAAGAGAACCAAGACAUGAAGAAGACAUACACCAUCAGCCAGGAGAGGUUUGCUGCCGAGCUUCAGCUCCAAAACCAAAAGAACAAGGUUCUCCAAGAGGAACGGGAAAGCCUCACAGUUUCAUACAAUGACCUUAAUCAAAGGUAUGAAACUGUGAUUUCAACUGUCCAACAGCAGGCUGACGUCAUCCAGUCUAAUGAAGACAGAAUGAGGGAGUACCUGCGGGUCAUCUCUGAACAGAAGGCUGAACAGGAUGCCCUCCAAAAGGAGAUAGCAGAGGAGGUCAGCAAGACUGAGAAAGAGGAAGAAGUGCCUUCCCAAAUGGAGACCACCAGCUGCCAGGAGGAGCCCCUACCUGAGGCAUUGACCGCCAAAGUCCAGGAGGAGGCUGAGGAGUCCAAAGAGCAGACAUCUGAGGAGGAGACGUCUGACAGACCUGCCAUGGUAGGACUUCAACAAGAAGAGGCUGAAGCAGUGAACACCACACAGCAUUCAUUCUGGAAAAGAUUCAGACACGCUCUGGGGUUGAGGAAACCAAAGAGGUGGAAGAAGAAGAAUGUCGGUGUCCACAACUCCCCAGCCCCAUCCCUCUAACACUUCCUAACCUUCUGACUCCAACUAGCCCUCUUACCAACUGUGGGUUUCCUCCAGGUGUCUCUGGUUUCCCCCACAAAAACUAUAACAAUUAGCUUUAGUUCAUUUGUUCAUGAAUAAAAACAAUAAAAAAAGAAUACAAUGAA